UUUCGUUCCGGCAUGUGGAGUUCGCCAGCUCUGCGCCUUUGACCACCGCUGAUGCCCUCCCGUCACCUCGCACCGAGCAUCCGGAAAGCAUCUACGCUGGAAAGAGAGAGCGAAGCAGUGCCAGCUCUCCGGAACUAUUGCCAAAGCGGCGACGACCGAACGCCAGCCCAGACGCGGCUGCUCAAGUUCGCAAGCUCUCUCUUUCUGACACCGGGGCGAACACGAAUAUGAGGGGCGGCGGCCAAGUGAUCGCUUCACUAUUCUCUCGACGCUCAAGCGGCAGCGAUCAGACGACGCCGACUCUCACAUCAUCGAUCAGCACCAGGAGGAAGCCUUCUCUUGCUAGGCUUUCGACUUUCAGUUCCGUCGAGGAGCGUCCCAAGCGCUCGCCUCCACCUUCCACGCCGCAAAAACCGUUUUCGCCUGCUAGCGGUAUGGGAAGCCCUGCCGCUACCCCAGCCUGGAUGAAGCCUCUGCAUUUGGUGGAAGUGGACGACGAUAAGUCCAUUUUUAUGAACGUGCACGGAGAAGAAUGGCGAGAUCAUUCGCUCUGCCUUUACUGCUUCCGGCAACAUGGGAAUUUCCAUCGAGUCCAACGCUAUGGCUGCGAGGUGUGCGGACGAGAGGAGAUCUUGAAGAACCACUACUGGGAGGAGCCGUACUGAAGCGACUCGGCUUCUCUGGGAAGUCUUCCAGGUUUCUGGAUGCCAUGCGACACAGGGUAAUUCUAAAGAGCUGUCGAAGCAUUAGUAUUCGGUGUAGCUUUGUAUUCUUGCUUCUUCUUGGAGGUGUCUCGCCGCAAUUAGUCCUGUUUUGUCCCUUCAACUUUCCUUGGAAAUUCGCGACUUAUCGAUUUAUCGAU